AUGUUUGUUUUUCAGGGACUCACAGAAGAGAAGGGGCUGCAGCUUAUUCUCUUUCCAGUCUUCCUAGGUAUCUACCUGGUGAGUAUUCUGUGGAACACGGUUCUUAUUGUGCUUGUAAGGAUGGACUCCCACCUGCACACACCAAUGAACUUUUUCCUCAGUUUUCUGUCAUUUCCUGACAUCUGUUACUCUACUUCUGUUAGACCAAGGAUGCUUUCAGACUUUUUUAAAGAUGAAAAAUUAAUUUCCUUUGUUGCUUGUGCUACUGAGUAUUUUGUUGUAGCUUGGAUGGAUCAGGCUGAGUGCUACCUCUUGGCCGCCAUGGCCUAUGACAGAUAUGUAGUUUUUGGAAGCCCUUUGCAGAGCACAACCAUCAUCACACCUGACCUCUGUUGGAAAAUUAUUGUUGAGGAUUAUGGGAGUGGUUUCCUUAGCAGCUUAAUUCAAACAAGCCCUUGUUUUACUCUCUACUACUGUGGACCAAAUAUCAUUCAGCAUUUCUUCUGUGACAUAUCCUGGAUUAUUAGCUUGUCUUGUUCUGAUCCAUUUGUCUCCCAAGUGAUUCUUUUUCUAGUUGCCAUAUUUGUUGGAUUUGGUUCCUUUCUUGUUAUAUUGUUAACCUAUGGCUUCAUUGCAGCUUCCAUCCUGAAAAUUUCCUCUGCCAAAGGUAGUUCCAAGGCCUUCAAUACCUGUGCCUCCCAUCUGGCAGUUGUGACAUUCUUCUAUGGCACAAGUUUCUCUGUGUAUUUAAAUCCUAGUUCUAAUCACUCUCAAAAGCAAGAGAAAAUUCUCACAGUGGUCUAUGUUCUGGUAACUCCCAUGUUAAAUCCUCUUAUCUACAGUCUGAGGAACAAGGAGAUCAAAGAGGCACUCAAGAAGGUGACAAAAUAG